AUGGACACUCCCAUUGAUACUGUCAAGGAGGCAAAGAGACAUACGCACACCUACAGCUUUUUUCGAGAGCCGUUGACCGCCUUAGAGGGUUUGAGUUCGUUAAUGACCGCUUUCUGCUUGAAGAGUUUCACGGACAAUUAUGGGAAUAUCUUGACUUUGUUGGAAACCGUGGUUGAUACUCCUGCUUUGCAAACUUUGAUGCAAUUCUAUGAUCCUGAAAUGAGCAUAAAAGAAGUAUCUGAUAAUUGGAAGUCGAAUGGAGGUGUCUCGGGGUUCUCUUUGAAGUUCUUGGUGAGAAAAGCUAAAGAGGAAUUUGAGAAAAAGAAUUGGAACGCGUACAAUGCAUUGCUUGCUGUGGCUAUUUACGGGAUUGUGAUGUUCCCGAAUGUUCCCAAUUUUGUAGACUCGGCCGCGGUACACAUCUUCAUGGGAAAGAAUCCUAUUCCUACUUUGUUGGCCGAUACUUAUUAUGCCGUUCAUUCCCGAUAUGAGAAACGUGGCGGUGCUAUCACUUGUUGCCUUCAAUUAUUGUUCAUCUGGUUCCUCUCUUUGUUGCCCAGCAAAGGACCUUUUGUGAAGACAAGGGAGACACUUAAGUGGACCCACAGGAUUAUGUCACUUACUUCUUAUGAUAUUCAGUGGCCAAAGUACCGAAUUAAUGUUUCUGAAGUGAUUGUUGGGUGUGGUAAGUUCGAUAAUGUUCCUUUGGUUGGUACUAGAGGUUGCAUCAAUUACAAUCCCGUGGUAUCCUUGCGUCAGUUGGGGUAUACGUUGAAAGACAAGCCGGCAGAUCACUUGAUAGCGGAGACAGUCUAUUUUGAGAAGGGGUCGGAUCCAGAAAAGUUGAAGGAGAUAAUUAUGGCUUGGAAGAAGAUCCGUAAGCAUAAUGGAGCCCAUUUAGGGAAGAAGGAAUCACUUGCUUUGACACCGUAUGUUGAAUGGAUUGUGAAACGGGUUGGAAACUUGUUGCUGCCAUAUGAUAGGGUUGCACCACUUCAAAAGCAACCUCCUUUGAUUCUAUCUGAAUUUGUGCCAACAGAACUUUACAAGGAUGCUCUGGUUACCAACUACAGGUUGCAUGAAAGAGAGCAAGAGACCAAUUUGAAGUUCUUUGAAGAGAGAGAUGCAAAGAUGAGGUUGAUGCACCAGCUCAAGCAAUUCGAAGGCGCAAGUUCAAGUCAAGCUAGUACCCGGAGGCAUCCCUAUGAGUUGCUAGAGGAAGAUUUGUAUCAGAAGCAGCAAGAGUGUCUACAGUUACGGAGAUCAGAGAGUAGUCUUAAGAGGCAGAAGCGGGAUUCAGAUAAACAGCUAGCAGAAGAGAAGGCUAAGACCGCUCGACUUAAAGAAGAACUAAGAAGACUCCGAGCCCAGCGGAGAGGAGAUGGAGGAGUUCAUUCUGUUACCAGGCGAUCCUAG